AGUUGUAUAUUGUUAUACAAAAUAAGUGGUGGCGGUGGGUCAGUCAUCUUCGUUUUAACUUUUUAUCUCUUCUCUCUCGCGCUCCCUUCGUUUCUCCUGAAUGCCUCGCCAGUGUUCAGGAUGUUGUGAAGAUGUUGAAGUGGAUGCGAGAGGGAUCUAUAAGGAUAAUUUGUGAUGGCUAAUCACCCCAAGAAAGCUGAUCAUUGAACUGAAUUUUAUCAAUGUUACUCCCUAGGAAGAACUUAAACAAAGGGAGUAUCCAUACACUAGUUCGGUUAAGAAGAAGACGGAGAACAACAACAAUACUUGUAUGAAUUUCAUUCAAAUGGCCGUAGCCAUCGAUCACCACAGUGUAUUCAAACCGCCUCUCCCUCCAACCAUUCGUACCCAUCAUAAUCGAUGCAAACAUCGAUCCUUUACUCAAUUGGAAUCCUGCGUCUUCGAGACACUGGACCCUACAACCCUCGUCGCCCACUCCCUAAAACAAGUCGUGGUGGCUGCUGCAAACUUUCACCGCAGUUUCUCUACACCUUGCUUAUCCACCUCCAACUGCAAGGUUGAUGACAACGAUAAUAGCCAUAGUGGAAGCAGUAUUCAUAAAAGCUCUUUAGACACAGGCCCCAGAAUAGAGCUCAUCGCAGGUCGUGGGGCCCUGGGCAUUCGUGCUCUCGUGGUGGAAGCAGCCAUAGCUAUGGCUUCUGGUGUUGACCCGGUGCCAAUUCAAAGCGAACUCGGUGGUUCCUACUACUUAACCAGUCGCAAUGGGGAUAAAAUUGCUGUGGCGAAACCUGUUGAUGAAGAACCUCUAGCCAAAAACAUUAGGAGCGGGUAUACUAUUGGGAUCUUGAGCCAGCAGGGGCUGAAAAAUUCCGUUCGGGUUGGGGAGACCGGAGUUCGUGAAGUAGCUGCAUACUUACUUGAUCAUAAUGGAUUUGCAGGAGUUCCUCCAACUGCACUAGUAAAAAUCUCACAUGUUUCAUUUCAGACGGAUAAUUCGUCUAAACUAACCAACCCGACAAAAUCUUGUAAAACUGCAUCGUUACAAAGGUUCGUGGAUCAUGAUUUCGAUGCCGGUGACUUAGGCCCGUCUGGGUUCUCAGUAUCUUCAGUCCACCGGAUUGGAAUUCUAGAUGUAAGAAUUCUCAACCUUGACAGACAUGCAGGAAACAUUUUAGUCAAGAAAAAUAAGAAAGAAAAUGAUGGGUGUGCAAGUGAUGGCUAUCCAGUUGGAUUGGCCGAUCUUGUACCAAUAGAUCAUGAGCUUUGCUUACCCGAUUUACUUGAUGAUCCGUAUUUUGAAUGGCUUCACUGGCCACAAGCCUCAGUGCCAUUUUCAGAGUCUGAAGCCGAGUAUAUAAGCCGGCUCGACCCGUCAAAGGAUGCGGAGCUCUUAAGAAAAGAAUUGCCUUCAUUAACAGAGCCAUCAAUUCGAAUACUUGUAUUGUGCACAAUAUUUUUGAAAUCUGCGGCGGCGGCUGGGAUUUGUUUAGCUGAUAUUGGUGACAUGAUGACACGACAAUUUCGUGGAACAAAGCAAGAACCAAGUAUACUAGAGACCUUGUGUGCUGAAGCCAAGGCCAAAAUGGAUGCAGAAGUAGUAUAUGAUAAUCCAAGUAUAUUAUUAGGAGAAGAGUUUGAUGAAGAUAUAGUAAUGUUUCAAGUCGAUAUAGAGAAGGAGGAUAGCCAUAACACUGAAGUUUUAGAUCUACCCCGACUUCUUCAACGUUAUCCUGAGAUAGGUAAGCCUCCAAAAAUUCCUGGUAAGCUUCCCUCGGCACAUUCGUUGAGUGGGUUUCCUCAUGCCGUUUUAUCACCGUUGCCGGAAGAAGAUUAUAAUAAAGACAACACCAAUAACAAAACGAACGAUCCUAAAGAAGAACAUGAAGACGGAAAUGGACAGGAGGAUGAGAAUGAUAGUAAUAAAGCAGGAAUGGGACUAAUGAAAAGUGUGAGUUUUUCGGCAUCAAAGCAAAACUAUCAAAGUGAAGGAAUUACAUUCAAGUGGAUGAGUGAAGAGAAAUUUAAAUUAUUCUUGGAGAGUUUUGAAAAGCUUUUGCCAAAGGCUUUCGAGGGAAAAAAGAGCAUGGGAUUGAAGCAAAGAAGAUUGGGAACUUCAUGUUAAUCAUGAGCGCAAUGAUAAAAGAAAAAGAAAUAAAAAAACCACAAGAAAGAUGAAGAUUGUGAACCUUAUUCUAGUGAGGUUUGGAACUUGUCAACUUCCUAAUUGAUUAAAGAAAAGACAGUAAUGUUGUGCAUAAAGUCACACAUAAUUAAUGUACAGUAUUUUUUACUAAUUUUUCUUUAGUUUAAGCUUUAGUUAAUUGAAGUAGGAUUUAGGAACCACCCCUUUAUGUGGAGGAGACAGAGUGAGUGAGACUUAGUUGGAAGAUGAUUUUCCUUCCCUAUCAUUAUUAUUUUUUCCUUGUUUUGUUUCUCAAAUGCAUGUAAAUUAGUUUCAUAUUUAAUGCAUCUAAUAUUACUAUGUUUAUUUUAAGGUGAA